CGCAUAUCCAGGAUGGGUAACUGGCUUGUCACUAAUUUUUUUUUACCCUUUUAUUGCUCUAUUGUUUCCGUAAGCUUUCAAGGCAUGGAUUGCGCUGUCGGACUAGGCAUUGUAUGCCGAUAGAUUGAAUAUGACAGGAAAUCUACCUGUGAAUGGUCCGGUCGGCGUGGGUGGGAGAUUGAAGAGUAGACGUCUCGCGAGAAAAUGACAGGAGCGGCUCUUGCCGUAUUGAUAACUUGGAAGGUUCCGUGUAUCAAAAGGCAACAGCAGCAAAGCCUACGUCUCGUCAGUCAGAGAUCUGCCACUCCAUGUCCGACUCACUUUCUAAUCCAACCUCUGCAAUUCCCGCCCGCGAGAGAAACUGUCCCCUAAGCCAGCACCACGUCCCGGGUUUACCUCGUUUCAUUUCCUGUGCAUCCUUAUAAAAGCAUUCAGAUUGAGCAUCUGCAGCCUGUCCUUCUCAUCCCUUGCGCCAGUACUCCACCAUUCGAUGCCUCAAGAUGGAUGAUCUUUCCUCCCCUGUUGUAUCCGCUUCAUGCUCCCCCGGGAGCUUGACGUACGCGGAGGUCAUCAGGAUCCGACGAAACCUAGAUCGCAACACCGAUACCAUGUACGACGACCUUCGCAAAACUGAGCUCGAUGAUUGGGAGCUCCCCAGGCCGUUACUUCCUCACCCGUAUCUCAGGCAGUUGCCUCCUUUACCCUCAACUCUGUCCCGGCGCGGCACAGUGUCCGAGAACGAUUCUCCCGCUGACGUGCCAUACGUGGUGGGCGGUUUAGCAAGCGUGGCAGCGGUUCAACUUCUGCGAUCCUGUCUGAGAAACACGCCCGAGUUCCACAAAUCUCAAACACCCACAAGCCUCAAUAAUCCAGACAUCAACCUCUACCUCCUCCGAAAACACGAAGCCGCACAGUCCGACAUGUCCGCACGAUUGGAAACCUGCGUAUGGACGUCCAGUACCACCCAGCUGCAGACAGAUACAACGGGCAUUACGAUCUGGGGCACAAAGAGCACAGGAACGGACGGGGCUUUCAGCAGCCGUCCUGAAAGCACCGAGAAGCAGGAGGAACGACCAUCCAUCCGUCGCAUAGUAACACCCGAUAUCAGCUCAAUAUUGCAUCGUGGUUCAACGCCCAACUCCUCCAGGUCUCAAAGGUGCACGCCUUCUGACGCUUCUCGUAGCCAUGGCACAGGAAGGACAGCAACAUUUGCCUUCAAUAGUGGAUGGCAGACGCAAGAUGGCCUCGUCAAGUGGAACGAGGGUGCCCCUGGCCUCGACAGAUCCAAAAGCUCAAGGUCCCCCGAUGACGAGUCCCCUGAUGACGACCUCGGGAGACGAUCCUCACCCGGCCAGACCCAAAACGGCGGCAGUCGCAAACAAUCACUCGACACGUGUUCUUGCCCAGAUCUGGGAAGAGAUGAGGACGAGGAAGCCGAACGUCCAGGUCUACCACGCAGGCGAACAGACGGCCCCAAGGUUCACUGUCCGCACCAUCAUUUCAAAGACGUAUACCAACGCUCUCAAUCCGUUUGCCCAUGUGAACCCCAGCUGGACAUCCAUAGGGUCCGGGAUCCCAGAAAUCGCCGCCGCUUAAAUCGCGAAGACGUCGGGGUAUUCUCGGACUUGGGAACGGGCGCGGCCGGGCCACUCAGCAACGCUCCAGCGCAAGAAUACUCCCCUAAGCUGCUUGCCAUUGCCGGCGUGAUGAUCGCAACCGGAGAGCUGGACCGGCUUUCACUGGGAAGUAGCGGUCAUAGUCGUCGUCAUUCUCUAUCUCAAGCUUCACAGAUCAGUGUCAGCAGCUCGACAGACGCGGACGAAGAAGAAGAAGAGAUUCCUCCCCUGCCACCGAUCAAAACUGCUGUUGGGACGCCUACGGCUCAAGGACCGUUUGGGUCAUCAUCGUUUCGCGCGAAGAGACCGGCGUCUCGCCGCUUGUCAGAAAUAUGGAACGCUUCCUGGGAUAACGACAACCAAGAGGAUGAUGAGGGUGAUGAAAGUCCUUUGGAAAAGCGGUCGAGUUCUCCCGGUCUUUACGAUUUGGAAUCCCCAAGGUUGACCGGGGCUCGCGAAGAUGACGUGAGUCCCGGGGGCGGCGCCAAUGCGGAAACCCCCCGGCUUUCAUGGCCGCCGAAUCUGAACCGCGUGAAUCAAUGUCUCAGGGAACAGGGAGGAUAUUUUGGUCGAGGUCGAAAUGGGGAGGAUAUGAGUACACAGGACGACGGGGAAAGUCCGGAGUGGACAGAGACGGAGGAGAGAAGAGGUAGCAAUCUCACUCUCCGAAAUGAUGGGGACCCGAGUGAUGAGUACCCUUCGGACACGUCACCGUCUACCUGUGAAUGCACGCAUUGCGAACAUGCUGGGUAUUAUGUCAAGGUUACUGAUGACGCUGUAGAUCAUGGUGAGCAUGAGGUGCAGUUGGACAAGGAUGAAGUUGGUGGAGUGAUGCAGCGUUCGGGGUCGACUCAGACUAUUAUCCAUACACCUACGAGGCAUUCGAGCCAGGAGGCAGGAGACUGA